AUGGCAUUAAUUCCAAAAUCUGCUGGUUUUUACAGAUUGAUAUUUAGAAGAACGAUGACUAGUGGUGUGAAUCAUUAUAACUACUUGGUGAUUGGUGGUGGUUCCGGUGGUGUUGCUUCCGCAAGAAGAGCCGCAUCUUAUGGUGCUAAGACCCUGUUAAUUGAGGGUAAGGCAAUGGGUGGUACCUGUGUUAACGUUGGUUGUGUUCCCAAGAAAGUGUCAUGGUAUGCAUCAGACUUGGCUAAUAAAUUAACCCAUGCUCAUGAAUAUGGCUUCUGCAAGAAUUUACCCUUGACUAAAGAGCAAUUAACCUUCGAUUGGCCAGAAUUUAAGCAGAAAAGAGACGCUUACGUUCACAGGUUGAAUGGUAUCUAUGAAAGAAAUUUAAACAAGGAAGGUGUUGAAUACAUCUAUGGUUGGGCUAAAUUCAACAAAGAGGGUAAAGUUGAAGUCAAGGCACAUGAUGGAAACACUCAAGUUUAUACAGCUGAUCACAUCUUAAUUGCCACUGGUGGACAGCCCAUUUACCCUGAGAAGAUUCCUGGUUUUGACUAUGGUACUGAUUCUGAUGGAUUCUUCAAGUGGGAAAUGCAACCUGCUAAGGUUGUUGUUGUGGGUGCUGGUUACAUUGGUGUUGAACUAGCAGGUGUUCUCCAUGGAUUGGGUUCAGAUACGCAUUUGGUUAUUAGAGGUGAUACUGUGUUGAGAAAAUUCGACAACUUGAUCCAAGACACUGUUACUAACCACUAUGUUAACAUCGGUGUCAAUGUGCACAAGGAAUCACAAGUAUCUAAGAUAGAAAAGGAUGAACAGACUGGUAAACUGACUGUCCAUUUGGAUAAUGGCAAUGUUCUAGAAGAUGUAGAUGAGUUGCUUUGGACUAUGGGUCGUAGAUCUAUGUUGGGUAUUGGACCUGAAAAUGUUGGUCUAAAGCUCAAUGAAAGAGAACAAAUUGUCGUCGAUGAAUAUGAAAACACUAACGUGAAAGGGAUUUAUUCUCUAGGUGAUGUCGUGGGCAAAGUGGAAUUGACUCCAGUGGCUAUUGCCGCCGGUAGAAAAUUGUCAAACAGACUAUUUGGCCCAUCACAAUUUCACAAUGAUAAAUUGGAUUAUAAUAAUGUCCCUAGUGUCAUAUUUUCACAUCCUGAAGCUGGUGCCAUUGGUCUAACUGAAAAGCAAGCGAUUGAUAAAUUUGGUGAAAAGAACGUUAAAGUUUACAAGAGUAGUUUUACCGCCAUGUAUUACGCCAUGCUACAAGAAAAAUCACCAACUAGUUACAAAUUAGUUUGUGCGGGUCCUGAAGAAAAAGUCGUUGGACUACACAUUGUUGGUGAUUCGUCUGCAGAAAUUUUACAAGGUUUCGGUGUUGCCAUUAAGAUGGGUGCUACAAAAGCAGAUUUUGACAACUGUGUCGCCAUCCAUCCAACAAGUGCCGAAGAAUUAGUAACUUUAAGAUAA